UCAUAGUCUACGUGGUGAGGUUUGGAACCACUUACCCGAUUGUACACUUAUCACCAUGGUUGGGACCCGUAGUGGGUUAGAGACUAGCCCCUAUAGUAAGGAGCAGCAAGAAAAGAUGGCCGCCAUAGUCCAAGAGAACAGGGAGAGAAAAGAGCGUGAGAAGCAAGCGAAGCUAAAGGCUAUCGCAGAUGAGCAGGCGGCGAAGAUGAAGAGAUUGGAGGAGGAGAUGAAGAGAGUACAACAAGAGGAGAAAGAAAGAAGAAAAGCUGCUGAAGCAGAAGCGGCGGCAGAAGAAGAGAAAGAGAGAAUGAGGAUUGAGAGUGGAGAUGGAAGUAGUGGUGGCGCGAUGAAGAGGGAGACGGAUAUUGAGAUGGAAAAGAAGAUCAGCGAGUGGGUCGCUAAUUUAUCAUUGGGUGAAGAGGAGGAGGCAGAGUCCUAUGUGACUGAGGAUGAGAGGGCUGCGCUCGCCAGUGAGCUAGCAACAAUGACAGAUCCGAUGGAAAGGCGAGAAAGGGAGGAGGAGCAAAAACUGGCAUGGAAGUUGAGAAUGAAGCGAGAGAAGAAGAGGAGGAGAGAGGAAGUGAGUAAAAUGACUGCAGAGGUAGCGAAGGUGCAAGCGUGCAGGCAGGAGGUGUUGGCCCAGCCAGAUGAUAAGGCCAAGUUGGACAAGGUACUGGGGUACCUGGAAGUGUUGAGCAAGGCCUGGAUGGAAGAGCGCCAGGCUAGCUGGAGCCAAGAUGUAGCCUUGAGUGCCAUGCGGUCAGGGUUUAGACACUUUGCGCGCGAGAUCGUCACCCAUAUUGGGGGCGAAGUCAAGCAAUUGAGAGACAAUGUAGGGAAGUUUUGUGAGGGCGCCAUUCAGGGUGCCAAAGCUGUAGCCGCUGUAGAGGGAGAGGCCAGACCCCGUAAGGACCCAGUGAAACUUAAGUUCCCAGAUGCCUACGGGGGAAAGAAGGAAGAAAACUUUGACAACUGCGAAGCCAGUGUCAAUAGUUAUAUCUACUUGCAACAUAUCCUAACAGAGGAACAAGUCCUCGUGGCCUUCCAGGCCCUCAAAGAUGAAGCGACUAGUUUCGCCAGGUCUCUUGCGCGCACAGCCGGUUGUGAAAACAACCUGGUUGCAUAUUCCAAAUGGAGGAGUGCCAAGGCACUCAAGAGUACCAUGGACGACUUGGUAGCCGUCCCGGACCAUGGGGUCACUGAGCCCCAGCUGGUCCAGUUGUUUUAUCGCGCCAUUCCAGAGGCCCUACGAGGGCAUUUCUUUGACAAGUCUCAACAGGCCGGCAUCACUUACGAUGCAUUAAGUAGAGAAGUCAUCCUGUACGAGUUGGAGUCUAUGCCAGUUACCACUUUCUGGCAUAAGGACUUGGAGAAGGGGAAGAAGUGGAAGGAUCGUACCAUCUCAGGCCAAGUCAAGGCCAAGGAUCACUUGAUCCUGACAUUAGAGGACGGUGGUACAGAAGAGGUCCCAUAUGAUCAGAUUCAGUGGGGCCUAGGGAAGGAGGACAGUAGUGUAGGGCAGGGGAGGUCUUACGCUGCUGUCGCGGCCGGAGGAAGGCCGCAAGGCAGAGGAGGAGGCCAGGGCCAAAGGGGCCAGGCCAUGGGAGGCCGAGGACCGGGCGCGCAGGGGGUUGGCGGCCACGGAAACCGCCAAGCGGGAGGUAGGGGUCAAGGUCCCCCGUUAAAUCGACAGGGUAACCGGUCCCCACAGCGAGGAGGUGGAAGGGCACCUCAAGGAGGAUGGCACCCAGGCUUGCCGCAGGGCAGGCCCUGGGAAGACUUGGGCUUGGACCAGCGAUUAUGGCAGGAACGCGUGAACAUGGGUCAGUGCGUAUUCUGUGGUGACCCGGCGCAUGUCUUGGAGAAGCUUAGAGAGGCUAACUUCAAGAUCAAUGCGAAGAAGUGUGAUUGGGCCAAGACGCAAGUCUUGUACUUGGGCCACGUAUUGGACGGAGAUGGCGUUAAGCCAGAGGACAGCAAGAUCUCGGCGAUUAGAGACUGGUCGACAGCCCGCACAUUCACAGAGUUGCGGUCGUUCCUAGGCUUAGCUAACUACUAUAGGAAGUUCGUGAGGAACUUCUCUACUAUCGCCGCCCCCUUGCGUAGACUGCUAAAGAAAGAGGCAAUCUGGCAAUGGGAUAAAGAUUGUACGUCUGCGCUCAAGAAGUUAAAACGCGCGUUGAUAGAAAAUCCUGUCCUCAAAGUUGCAGAUCCGUCUUUGCCAUUUGUCGUCACCACGGACGCGAGUCAGUAUGGGAUUGUGUUACAGCAAGACGACGACAAUGGCUAUAGACCCGUAGAGUUCAUGUCAGCGAGGAUGCCCUGUGAGAAGGUCGCUACCUCCACGUACGAGAGAGAACUCUACGCUCUCAGGCAGGCUUUAGACCAUUGGAAGCACUACCUGCUCGGGAGGCACUUCAAAGUCUAUUCGGACCAUGAGACGCUUCGUUGGUUAAAGACACAGGCCAAGAUGACACCUUAGUUGACUAGGUGGGCCGCAGAGAUAGACCAAUUUGACUUUGAGCUCAAGCCAGUGAAG